UUUUUUUCUAAGAGAAAAUUUAGGGUUUCUUGAAAAUGAUUCAAGGUACAAGUAGUAGUGCUAAUAAUCCACAAAACAUACCAUUAUAUUCAUCAAAUCAUCAUCAUAAUAAUAAUAUUCAAGAAGAUAUAUUUUCUUCUUCUUCUUCUUAUCAACAAAAUUCAUUUUUAUUCAACUUAUCUCUUCUCAAAGAGAAAGUUCAUCAAGUUCAAUCACUUGCCACCAUGUUCAUUACUCCGGAUAAUCAAACGAUUAUUCACCCUCCUCCUGAGUCAAUAUAUAUGAUCAUCGCGAAUAUGGGAACUUUGAUCCAAGAAAUCAUCACAACUUCUUCUUCCCUCAUGUUUUCUUGCCAAAAGAUUGUCCUCGACUCUACCUCACUCAGUCAAAAUUCAAGUAGAUAUCGCGAACCAUCUCAAAAUGAUGUUGGUCAUGGUCAAGGUCAAGGUCAAGGUCAAGUUGAUCAUUUGCUACAAGAUUAUGAUUGGUAUGUGGACAAUUACAAUUCUAAUUGUAACACUCAUGAAGAUAAUAAAAACCAUGUUACUAGUAGUAGUACUAUUAUAGCUAGUAGUACUAUUAGUCAUGAUAAUUACUAUAGUAAAGAAUUUGGAAAAAAGGAAUUAUUAUUGAGUACUUCAAAAGGUAAAGUUGUGAUUGAAGAAAAUAAUUAUGAUAUUGUUGAGUUAGAUGCAUCUGAUUUAUUGGCAAAGUAUACACACUAUUGUCAAAUUUGUGGUAAAGGGUUUAAAAGAGAUGCAAAUUUGAGAAUGCAUAUGAGGGCUCAUGGAGAUGAAUAUAAAUCUAGUGCUGCAUUGAGUAAUCCUAUGAAGAGAAUCAACGAUUUAACGAGUGAUGGAUCGUUGAAAUCAAGUAGUAACACGAUUAAAUAUUCGUGUCCUCAAGAAGGUUGUAGGUGGAACAAGAAGCACGCGAAGUUUCAACCAUUGAAAUCAAUGGUGUGUGUGAAGAAUCAUUACAAGAGAAGUCAUUGUCCUAAAAUGUAUGUGUGUAAGAGAUGCAACAAGAAGAGUUUUUCUGUGUUGUCUGAUCUUAGAACUCAUGAGAAACAUUGUGGUGAUUUGAAAUGGCAAUGUUCAUGUGGUACUACUUUUUCAAGAAAAGAUAAGCUUAUGGGGCAUGUAUCUUUAUUUGUUGGACACACUCCACUUAUUAAACAAAGUGCAAGAUAGCUAGUGCAACAACAACAACAACAACGAUAAGUCGAUAACAUAUAUCCAGAGUAGUUCCACAAGUAUUUAUGCUUGACGAGGGUAGAGUGUACACAUGUCAUAUACUUUCUUUACCCUCGGGGUAAAGAGAUUGUUUACGAAAGAUCCUCAGCUUAUAUGAGCUAACUAGCUAGUAGAUUUUAUAAUUUACUUAAUUGAUUUGUAAUUGUAAUGCACCUAUUCUUUGUUGCAAAAUGUUGAUGUGCUUGUAAUUUGAUGAAUCAAUGUGAAAAUUAAUUAUCCUAGCUUGAAAAAUA